CGCCCCCAAACUAAAACCCUUCAAGCCUAGGUCACUUUCUCGCCUCCUUCCUCGUCGGUGAUUUUGGUGUAAACGAAAAAAUCCUAGUUUGCAGCGGCAAUCAUGACUUUCAAGCGCAGGAACGGUGGCAGGAACAAGCACAACAGGGGACAUGUCAAUUUCAUCCGCUGCUCCAACUGCGGCAAGUGCUGCCCUAAGGAUAAGGCGGUUAAGAGAUUUAUCGUGAGGAACAUUGUCGAGCAAGCGGCAAUUAGGGAUGUUCAGGAAGCCAGUGUCUACGAUGGCUACACACUGCCGAAGCUAUAUGCCAAGAUGCAAUACUGUAUCUCGUGCGCCAUCCACUCUCACGUUGUGAGGGUCAGGUCCCGCACUGACCGCAGGGUCCGUACCCCACCUCAGCGGUUUGCCAGACGCAGGGACGACAUGCCUAAGCCUGGGCAACCCGGACAGGCUCCCCGUGUCCCGGGAGCUGGAGCUGCACCCCGUACCUGAAGUCCACUACACUGGCUCCUGCACCAUUCCAAAUCCAUGUUUUCUGGUUUCUUUUCAUGUCCGAAAUUUUUUUGAGAAAAGCUUUUAGAGCUGUGGUUUUUCUACCGGAACUUUAAAAUGCCGUGACACUUUCAAUAGUUUUAUUGACUCUUGAUAUUUCCUUGGUUUUCUUUUCAUCUCUACCCUUUCUUUCUGUCUGUGAACGAAAUUAUCAUAUGCAUUGUGAAGUGUUCUCUUUAGUAUU